CAUCUGGAACUCAUUUCUUUCUGUUUGUGCUUGCAAAUGUAGCUUUUCCCCGAGCAGUUCAUCACGCUGGAAAGAACAAAGAAGAGUGGAGGGAUCACCAUCAGUGCCUCCUUCGGCUUGGUACACUUUUGCUUACUAAAGAACAGAGUCUCCAGUAUUGCUUUUUAUGCUUACAGUAACACAGGCUGCGGUGGACAUUUUUUCAGUCCACUCCUCCCAUGAAAUGUCCGAUAAGGGAAGCUUGGCCUAAACUGUCACCGUCUCGAAACCGCAGCAGAGAUUAAUCAUAUGGCUGUUUUACGAAAACUUAAUCACAUAUUGCUGUUUCUGCUUGUGUUGACAUUUUGUGCCAUAUGGUAUAGCACAAUCUAUAAGGCACCCACACGGAAGGAACAAGACGGUAAAUAUGAUGCUGCUUUGGAAGUAGAAGAAGAAGAGGAGGAGGAAGAUGUCAUUCCCGUUGUUAUAUGUGCUGCAUCAGGCCGCUUGGGUGCCGCCAUAGCUGCGAUCAACAGCAUCUACAGUAACACUAAUGCCAAUGUACUAUUUUAUAUUAUAGGUCUGAAAAAUUCAUUGCUUCACAUCAGAAAAUGGAUUGAACAAACACAGUUGUCUGAAGUACAAUUUAAAAUUGUGGAGUUUAACCCCAUGGUUCUUAAAGGAAAAAUUCGCCAUGAUGCAGCCUUCCCUGAGCUUCUUCAACCACUGAACUUUGUACGUUUCUAUCUGCCACUGCUCACUUCAGAACAUGAGAAAGUCAUUUAUUUGGAUGAUGACGUCAUUGUCUUAGGAGAUAUCCAGGAACUUUACAACACUAAAAUAUCAAGAGGACACAUUGCCGCAUUUUCUGAUGACUGUGACUUGCCAUCGCUCCAAGACGUUAUCACAAGAGUAGGGAUACAGAACACAUACAUGGGGUUCCUUGACUACAGAAAGAAGGCAAUUCAGAAACUUGGAAUCAGCCCAAGUACAUGCUCGUUCAACCCAGGUGUAUUUGUAGCAAACAUGACUGAGUGGAGACAGCAGCACAUUACUAAAAAACUGGAGAAAUGGAUGAAAAAAAAUGUGGAAGAGAAUCUGUACAGCAGUACCGUUGGAGGUGGAGUAAGUACUCCUCCCAUGCUUAUUGUGUUCCAUGAAAAAUAUUCUGUCAUCCCUCCAGCCUGGCACGUUCGGCAUCUAGGGUUGAGUCCAGAUGACCAGCUUCCUCAGAAUGUGAUUCAAGAUGCUAAGCUGCUGCACUGGAAUGGACGAUUUAAACCAUGGAAGUCGCCUUGUUCACACUACAAGCUUUGGGAGAAAUGGUUCAUUCCUGACCCCACAGGAAAGUUUCAGAUCCAUCGCAUCUAAGUAAAUUUUGGGCUUUUGUUUCUAUGCAUUAAUUUAGAAUCUCUUCUCAAAUAACUUGCGAACUAUCUUGGUAACGCUCCUCCACCACUGCUGGUGGGUGGCACGAUCGCCAUUGUUGACAUGAAGUUUUUGUAGUUUGUAGAGCUUUAGCCUUAGCCCAAAAUAAGUGCAGUGAUUUCUACUGACUGUACACAUGAUGAUGAGCUCCAUCCAAUAUAUUUUUAUUUCAAGUGUAAAUGUACUUUCAAAAAUCUUGAGAUGUCAUGGAUCUGUUGUAAGUAAGCCAAGUGGGUACCUCACAAGUGUAUAGGAGUAAUGGACACACUGAGGGACAUUUAUUAAGCUAAUAACGCCACUAUUGUGGCAUAAAAAAGUCACACAUUAUGGUGCAUGUCAUAUGUGCGCCAUCACUUUCAACUUUUUAGGCUUCUCGAACCCUUUUCUGAACUGGCAAAAAAAAGGGUGUGGGGCUUAGCACGAUCCACUGCAUUUACUAUAACUUUCGCCAGAAAGUGGCGGACGUUAUAGCUGAAGUCUACACCAGCCUGUACUUGGUUGGCGUACACUUCAGUUUCUGGCGCACAACAGGGCAGAGGUGCUCCUGAAUUAAGAAUCCGUCUCUUAAUAAAUUAGUCACAUCUCAACAGUGCAGGGAGAUCAAGACUGAUAAAUGUCCGAGUGUUUCUGUAACUUGUGAGAUGCGGAAACAACAUACCUCACCGUGCUUGUCCCGUUCUAGAGAUAGGCGGGGUUUCCAGAGGUGGCAGUCUUGUGGCUAUGCUAUAAGUGUUUGAGAAUGGAAUACUUGCUGAAUGUAUAUCCUGGG